UGAAUACCCUUCGCCAUGAGCAAUGACAGUGAAAAGACACGGUAUAUAUCGACCUUUAGGAUAUACCUCAAACCCCCCACUGCCUCCCCAGCACAAGGAAAUGUCCUGGCUACCAGAACCACUGUUUCUAAGAAGGGGACAGGGAAACUCUCAAGCUCAGGGUCUGGUUGCUCCUCCCGCCUUAGAACUCUGGAUCCACCCGUCUUCACAGAGCCAUUAGAGGACUGCUCAGUGGACGAAGGGGGUGACAUCAUUCUGCGUGGUCAUGUUAUAGGAUGUCCGCCCAUAAAUGUGUCCUGGCUACACAAUGGUGAGGUGGUAUGUUUCGGGGAGACCGUCUUUGAUGGCCGUGUGGCCAAACUGGUGGUGAGGGAUUGCCUCCCAGAGGACGCUGGUGCCUAUACCUGCCUAGCAGAGAACCCUGCAGGCAAGACGUCGAGCAGUGCAGCUGUGUGUGUAAAAGACCUCGAGACUAUCUGUGAAGUGUGGAACCGCUCUUCCCAGCUCCCCCCUCCGCCCUCCAGGAAUAUUACUAAGAACGGGGACUCAAAACCACCCAUGUCACCUGAUGAUGCCACCCGGGUGUUCAGCCCCUCCACAAGCUCUCCCACCCAGAGCCCAGGGGUACCUCACAAAGAAGUCAUUCCAAAGAAGAGAACCAACUCAGCGACAGUUCCUGCAGUGCAGUUCGAAGACCCUCCAAACCAGGUGGAGGCGCGGGUUGGAGAAACCGUCCGUGUGACAUGUGUGUUCAGCGCCAGUUCUCCUGCAGUGUCCUGCUGGAUCAGAAACAAAGACCAGGUGGUGGAUGGAACUGAGCUGUGGGUGGAGGGCAGUGAUCAGAGCACCACGCUAGUGAUAGCCCAGGCUCAGCCAGAUUACGCAGGACGCUAUACUGUUGUGGUUAAGGACCGCAGAAGCUCUGCACAGCACACCAUCACGAUCUCUGUCAUUGACCGGCCGCAGCCCCCAUCCUCCAGCCCAGUGGUCUCCCUCCUCUCCGCCAGCAGUCUGGUUCUGUCCUGGUCUGGGCCCUGCUACGACGGAGGCAGCGCUGUCCUGGGCUACGUGGUGGAAGUGAGGACAAAAGGCCCGACAGAGCCUGGGGAUUGGAGUGAGCUUACAGCCCAGUGCAAGAGCACCUCAUACAGGGUACGCUCCGGCCUGCAGCCCCAGAAGCAGUACUGCUUCCGUGUGAGAGCCUAUAACUGGGUAGGAGUGAGCGAGCCCAGCCAGGAGUCUAAGGAGGUCGACAUGGAGCAGAAAACUGAACAGGAGGGAGAGCCUACUGUGACCUAUCAGGACGUCACCAUUGACUCCACCCACAAAGUCAGCGAACACUACACUGUAAUGGAGAAACUCGGCGUGGGAAAGUUUGGCCAGGUGUUCAAGCUGAGCCACAAGGAGACGGGUCGAGUGUACGCCGGGAAGUUCUACAAGGGCCGGAGGGCCAAGGAAAGGGAGGCAGCACGCAAAGAGAUCGAGCUGAUGAACUACCUGCAUCACCCCAAACUGGUCCAGUGCCUGGGAGCCUACGACAACAAGCCAGAGAUGGUCAUGGUCAUGGAAUUUAUUGCAGGCGGCGAGCUGUUUGAGCGGAUCGUGGAUGACAACUUUGAGCACACGGAGGCGGCCAGUGUUCUCUACAUGCAGCAGAUCUGCGAGGGGAUCGGCUACAUGCACACACAGGACAUCGUCCACCUGGACCUCAAACCUGAGAACAUCGUGUGUGUGAACCACAACUGCACACUCAUCAAGAUCAUAGACUUUGGUCUGGCCAGCAAACUGGAUCCCACCACUCCUCUGAAGGUGAUGCAUGGGACUCCAGAGUUUGUGGCACCAGAGGUGAUCAGCUAUGAGACAGUCGGCUUGGCCACAGACAUGUGGAGCGUCGGGGUCAUCUGCUACAUAUUACUGAGUGGCGAGUCUCCAUUCCAAGGCAACAGUGAUGCAGAGACUCUGGCCCUGGUGACAGCUGCACAGUGGGAGUUUGAUGAGGAGAGCUUUGAGGAGAUCACCGACCAGGCCAAAAACUUCAUCAGUUCCCUGCUGAAUAAAGACUCCAGACGGAGGAUGUCCUGUGAGGAAGCCCUGGCACACUCCUGGAUGGCUGCCUCAGCAGAUCCCAGCACCACCAAGAGCCUGUCCAAGGAGAAGAUGAAGAGGUUCCUGGCCAGGCAGAAGUGGAAGAAGGCAGGGAAAGCCCUGCUGGCUCUAAAGAGGAUGGCUCUGCGGUCUAAAGGAGAGGUACCUGGCUCUCCCUCUAGCCCAGCGGAAGAGUCGCCCAUGAGCCCAGAGGCUGAGCAGGCCCUGCAAUCCCUAGAUGUGAAGCUACAGGGGCCUCCACAGUUCUCCGAGCCCCUGAAGGACCAGACAACAGCAACAGGCUCCACCGCCCGCCUCUCCUGCCACCUCACAGGGUACCCUGACCCUGCAGUGGUGUGGCUGAGGGGUGAGGAGCCGUUAGAGGAGUCGUCCCGUCUGAAAAUAGAGUACGAGGAGGAUGGCCAUGGCGACUGUACAUUAGUCCUCCUCCAGGUGGUGCCAGAAGAUUCUGACAUCUACACCUGUAGAGCCACCAAUGACCAGGGGGAGGCGCUCUGCUCAGCCAAACUCAUAGUGAAAGAGUAGUG